AUGGCUUUUCGCCCAACACGGUCAUCUUCACCAGCCAAAGUUUCUGAAUCGCUCCUCGCCUCUACUCUAUCCGCUGCAGAUGCUUCCCGCUCGUCGACAGUCUCUAUCCGUGAACUUGUGGGCCUCACACCCUCCGAAGUGGAGUUAUUGGAUGCCAUAGUUGAGCGGGCAGGCUCUGCAACAACAUUCCCCGCCAUAUUCACCGCCUAUAAUGCGGUACUCAAGGAACGUGGGCUGAACACCUCCGAAGUGGUUUUUUAUGGGAAGCUACUCAAACUGGGUACAUUGAAGGGCAGCUGGGCGGAUAAAUGGCGCAUGAUCAAGUUGCAGCAAGGUUAUGUUUCUCAGAAGCCCACAAAACACAUACCACCUACACGACUCCGCAGGCCCGUUACGGAUGACUCGGACGAUGAAAGGCACCCCAGGAGGGCACCCUCACCCUUUUCGGACUUCACGUCUGUUUCCCGCCAAACACCCCCCGCGCGGAGUCGGCUGUUUGCUCGGGACACUGAUGCCACGAGCUCAGAUGCCACCGAGCAAAUUGGAGCCCCUUCAACGACCCCUCCCUCGUACCGAGCCGCCAUGCGUGAAAAAGCGGAUGACAAACCUACGGCAUCAGCACUCGCCCGUCAACGCAUAGCUCAGGCUAGGCAACGAGGCGGCAGUGUCGUCAAUGCAGCCGACACAUGGAAGAAACUAAAGAUGGAGAGUGCCGAGGCGGACGCCAUAAAAUUCCAUGAGGACAGGUUACUGGAGCGUUGUUGGCAGGUGUGGAGAGCUGGGUAUGAGUGGAUCGUGGACACAGAUGCGCAAGUUGCUGAAGCCCGCAAUAAUCAUGUGAUCCGUCUCUGUAUUCAUAAAUGGCGUCUUCGCACUGCUGCAUCUCAAGACCGCUUCGCCUCUCUUGUCCACUUGGCUGACGUUCUCCGACUGCGGCGUACUUUUUCGAAAUGGAAACUCCGAUCCAGGGAGAAGCGUCAGGCACGAUGGAGAACAGAAAUGCGAGCGAAAAUGAAAAUCAUUCGCGGUAAAAGAGAACGCAAGGUUCUGACGCAAACUUUACAACGUUGGAAACAAGCUAGUCAGACUCGCAUCGCAGUUCGCCAUCACACCUACUCCCUGCUAUACCGGUAUUUCUCUCGUUGGAAGCAGGCCACGGUUCGCCUCGAUCAACUUGAUGGACGGGCAGACCAAUUCUCUCUUGUGGUGGAUCGGGGCGUCGUGGAAAGAGCUUGGUACUAUUGGAAACACGCUUCUCAACUCCAACUUGGCUAUCGCAUCGUGACAGAGAAUGUCGCGCUCCGCGUCAAAACUGAGGUGAUGGAUACUUGGAAAAGCCGUCUUGGAAAACUCCGGAUUGCGGAUGAUUUCUAUGCUAAGCUUGUUCAGAAGCACGCAAUACGGGCAUGGAAAAGUGCGCGUCGAAGACUUAGAGCUUUAGAUCACCGUGUAAAUGUGCAUUCUCAGACUCGGGAGACCUCGCUCGUACGCGCCGCCUACAAAACGAUCAAAACAAAAUAUCUCGGGAGGAAGCUGGAAUGGAUGACGGACAAUCGUCGCUUGCGAGAGGCCUGGAAUGUUUGGAAGGAUCGAAUUCGUCAGCAGCAGAGGCUUGAAGCCAAUGCUCUCGCGUUUUCUCAACGCCCAAGCUCAUACUUGGCAGAGGUAGCGCUGCGAAAAUGGUAUCAGGCUCAUGCUCGUCACAAGAAGGCGCAUUUAGAUGCAGCCUUUUGCGAUGCAGUCCUUGUCCGCCGAACAUUUUAUUUUGCGUGGAAGGCGCAGGUUGAACGGCAACGUGUCGAGGCAACUAAAGCCGUUGCUAUCCAUAAGAGGUUCCUCCUUCGUUCCGCAUGGGUCAAGAUUCGGUUAAGGUUUGCUGAGCGACAACGCCAACUCGCCCUUGAGGUUCUGGAAUUACGCAAAACCCAGCGGGUCUUUUAUGCUUGGUUUGAACGUGCGUACCGCAGGAGAACUCUGAAGGUAGCGGAACAAGAGAUCCACGAUAGAGUCGUUCAGCGAAUCCUCAAGAACACACUCCUUGCCUGGACGAAUAGAACCAUUGACGUGAAGAACCGAGAGUUCCAAGUCACUCUCGACCGUGAUACUUGGCUGCUGAAGAAUGCCUUCAAGAAAUGGAAGAUAGCGAGAAGCAGUCAUGCUGAACAACUCAGACUGAUGGAAAGCUAUGGAAUUGUCAAGCGGGAAGGCGAGUCACCAGUAGUUGGCGUCAGUAAUGCUUGUUUGACGAGACACACAGAAAAUCUCCGCAAAUAUUUCCACCGCUGGCUAUCCGCCGCUCGGACAACUGCUCGUCGUCGCGUCACUUUAGAACGAAAGGAGGCCGAAAUGCACUUCAGUGUUAAAUCGGUUGCUUGGGACAAAUGGCGUUACCGAUUCAAACAGCAGAGACUUCAACCUUUGGAGGAUGCGAUGAUAUUGCAGCACCAGCGGAAUGCCCUUGUUCGCGCGUUUUCUAUAUGGCAUGGGAAGACCAAGUCUUCGCCAGCCAUUCAGUUCCAUGCGUCCCAUCUCAAAGCCAAGUAUUGGAAGACCUGGCUUGCUGCUUUGCCACGCGCACUACAAGGCAAAGACGCCAACACUUUCCGGUCAAAAUCAGUGUUAUCAAAAUCCUUGAGCAAGUGGGUGCAACUAUACCGUACAAAAGCGGCACUGAAAGCUGUGGCACGAGCUCGAUACAUGCGAUUACCCACCACACGAACGAACCCUCGGGUGAUUGCGGCUGCGCCUGUCUCUCGCGCGACGAUGAAGCUAGCGAAGAAGGAAGGCCAGUACAAAGACUGGCCAGAGGACCUCGUAGUCUGA